UGGUCCGCCAGGUAGGCGAGCCCGCACGUUGUCCCGGACCCCGCCGCACUCCUCAGGUCCCGGCCUCUGGGACUCGCGGGGCUGGCCAGGAGCCACCCUCUGGAGGACCAGAGCUGCCCGAUGAGAGGCGAUCUGAUGACCAGGAAGGACUCCUGUGCUCCACUUCCAGCCUCCAAGCUGGACUGGUUCCUGCUGAAAACAUGUCGGGGACUGACUUGGAAGCAUUAGCAGAGAUUGAAUUACGGAAAGAUGAGGAAGCCUCCGUUUUAGGAGUGCCAAGGAUGUCGCUUUUGCCCACCCCAGCCUGUGAAGACUCGGCCCUGGGCAGGGACCAUCCCUACUAUGAUGUGGCCCGGCAUGGGAUCCUCCAGUUAGCAGGGGACGAUAACUCAGGAAGACGAGUCAUCACCUUCAGCUGCUGCCGAAUGCCCCCCUCUCACGAGCUCAACCACAGCCGCCUUCUGGGAUACCUGAAGUACACCCUUGACCAGUACGUCGAGAACGACUACACCAUCGUCUACUUCCACUACGGGCUGACGAGCCGCAACAAGCCGUCUUUCAACUGGCUCCAGAGCGCCUACAAAGAAUUUGGCCGGAAGUACAAGAAGAACUUGAAAGCCCUUUAUGUUGUGCAUCCUACCAACUUCAUCAAGAUCCUGUGGGCCAUUUUCAAGCCCCUCAUUAGCCACAAGUUUGGAAAAAAGGUGACAUAUUGCAACUACUUAAGUGAGCUAAGGCAGCAUCUCAAGUAUGACCAACUAAUGAUUCCUCCAGAGGUUAUUCGACAUGAUGAAAAGCUGCAGAACAUGAGGCUGGGCCGCCCGCCGCCCUCAGUGAAGACGCCUCCCCCUCGUCCUCCACUGCCCACCCAACAGUUUGGUGUUAGCCUGAAAUACAUCAGAGACAAAAAUAAAGGUGAGCUCAUCCCACCAGUCAUGAAGGAGACUGUGACCUAUCUGAAGGACAAAGGCCUCCGCUCCGAGGGCCUUUUCCGUCGGUCAGCCAGUGUUCAGACUAUCAAAGAAAUCCAGAGACUGUAUAACCAAGGAAAGCCGGUGAAUUUUGAUGAUUACAAUGAUAUCCAUGUCCCAGCCAUCAUCCUGAAGACAUUCCUUCGAGAGCUGCCCCAGCCACUGCUGACCUUCGAAGCCUAUGAACAGAUUCUGGGAAUCAUCAAUGUAGAGAGCAGCCUGCGGGUGACCCGCUGCAAAGAGAUUGUCAGAGGCCUUCCAGAGCACAAUUAUGCCGUUCUCAAAUACCUCAUGGGCUUCCUGCAUGUGGUAUCCCGGGAGAGCAUCUUUAAUAAAAUGACGGGCUCCAAUCUGGCUUGUGUCUUUGGGCUGAACUUAAUCUGGCCAUCCAACGGAGCUUCGUCCCUCAACGCCCUGGUGCCUCUUAACCUGUUCACAGAACUGAUGAUUGAUUUCUAUGAGAACAUCUUCAGCUCUCGAGUGGUGCCUUGUGGGACCUCGACUAUUUGAGGAGACACAUGGACUCAAUGGUCUCUAAACUCUCUUCUAUCUCCAUUAUUAUGGUCUAUAGUUAAAGGCCCUUCACAUCUCUGAUAUUCUAUGUCCUUCUGCUGUUACGCCCAGCUCUGACAUUCCGUGUUCUAGGGUCCCACUCAGUUUUAACAUUGUAUGUUGUAGUGUUCUAUGUUCUAACAUUCCUUCCAGCUCCAACAUUACAUGCAUCUAUGGAGUAUUGUAUUCUCUCCCAAGUGAAACAUCAUCUGAGCCUUCUUGAUUAUCCUGUGCAAAGUUCUGGUACUCUUCCUUUUCAUAUCCCACUCACACCUUAAGACCAGCCAUAUUUGAAAAUAGAUAUUUGAAGGACACAUUUUCAUCCCUUAGAUUUGUUACUGUGCUCAUUUCUCCCUUAAGUGAACUAUAUGAAUUAUGUCAGCUUUCUGUCCAUUUGGAAAAAAGCAACCACCAAAGAUAUUAAAUGUCUUAUUUAGCAUUUGUUCCCUGGUGAGUUUUCACAUUUAAUCUCCAGAAAAGUCUCAUAAGCUUGUCCAGUGACUUCAGUGAAGGAUAGAUAUGGAAAGACAGAUUCAAGACCUAUAAGACCUACUAGAUUUUGUUCUUGGGCAGUUGACUUUCACUGACCUGACCCUCAGCUUCCUCCUCUUCAAAAUGUGAUCAGGAAGGCCCAUCUUUUCCAUCUUCUCAACCCAUCAGGCAAUUGUAGAGACCAAGCAAGAGAAUAGACGUCAUGACUCUAACACUUUAGACUUGGGUCAUUGUUAUUUCCUUGAGACACAGCAGAGUAUCAUAGAAUGAACUUGGGUGUAGGGGUCAGGAGAUCUGGCUUCAAGUCCUGACUAUGCCGUUAAUUGACUGGAUGGGUAACUUUGGACAAGUCCCUUCCCUUCUGUACAAUGAGAUAUUUGGACCAGAUGAUCACAAAGAUAUCAUCUGGCUCUGAACUUCUGGGUUAUAUAUGCUCUAUUCUUUGCUGAGGGACAAUAAUAACAUUAAUAAGUGCCUUUUAUGCAACACUUUGAACAAUAUUAUAUGCCUUAUUUCCUUUCUACAGUGCCUGGCACAUAGUAGGUACUUAAUAAUUUCUUAUUAAUUGGUGAUUGAUCCUCACACAAUCUUGGCAAGGUAGGUACCAGGAGUAUUAUUAAUCCCGUUUUACAGACUGAGUUUUAGAGAAGUUCAGUGAUUUGCCCAGCUAAUAAGUGCUGGAGUGGGAUUCCCGCCUGGUUUUCCUGACUCCAAUACAGUGUUCUAUUUUUCCAUGUCAUCACCCAAGUCAUUUAACAAUUUGAUUGAGAGGUUAGAAAAGAGAGUGUUCCAGACAUAAGAGCUUGCUAUUGCAAAGACAUGAAGGUGGUAGCAAAAGUUUCAAGAGGAAGAAAAUUAAGCUAAAACUCCACCAUAAUCCCCUUUGACUCGGCAAUAGCACUGCAAGCUUUGUAUCCCAGAGCUCAAAGAGUUCAAAGAAAAGGAACUACAGGUUACAAAGAUAUUGGUAGCAACUCUUUUUGUGGUGACAGAAAACUAGAAACAGGAUGCUCAUCAACUGAAGAACUGCCAAAUAAAUUGUAGUAUAAUUGUGAUGGUACAAGAAAUGACAAGUAGAGUGAUUUCAGAAAAACCUAGGAAGACUCAUGUGACUUGAUGCAAAGUAAAGAGAUCAGAAUCAGAUUAUUGUACACAGUAAUAGCAAUAGUAUAUGGUGAUCAGCUGUGAAUGACUUAGCUCUGCUCCCCAAUACAAUGAUCCAAGAUAGUUCCAAAGACCCCAUGAUGAAAAAUGUUAUCUGCCCCCAGAGAGAGAACUGAUGAGCUCUGAAUGCCGAUUGAAGCAUUUUUUUUUUACUUUGUUUUUCCUGCCUGACCUUCCUCCCCCCUCCAGAAAAGGCUGAUUGAAGGGUUAUGUUUUGUAUGACUUCACACAUAUAAUUGAUAUAUUGCUUGCCUUUUCAAAGGAUGGGGGAAAUGAAGUUGGCAGGGAGAGAAUUUAGAACUCAAAUUUGUAAAAAAAAAAAAAAUGGUAAAAAAAUAUAUUUUUUAAAAUAGUAUAUCUCAGUCACAUUUAAAAUGAAAAUAGAUUUAAUCAAAAGAGGAAAAAUUAGGGAAACUACACUGUAUGUCAGCCCUAUUAUUCAAUAUUGUUUUAGACUAUUUAAGGUAACGAAACAAUAUAAAAUACUUGAGGGUGUACCUGCCAAAACAGACACAGGAAAUAUACAAACAUAAGCAUAAAACACUUUUUAUACAAAUAAAAAAAUUUAAAUAAUUGAAGUAAUGUUUAUUUUUCAUGGGUAGAUAAUAUGAUUUAAAAAGAGAGAGAGCAAUUUACCUAACUAUGUAACUAAUCUAUUCAUAUAAUGCCAUCUGAAUUAAAUUAUUAAAAAAUUAUCUGAGUUAGAAAAAAUAAUAAAGUUCAUUUGGAAGAACAAAAGGUCAAGGACUUCAAAGAAACCAGUAUGUGUGUAGGGGGUGGUAGAUUGUAAAGGAAUCAGAUUUAUAGUUUUUGAUCUUAAACUAUAUUAUAAGAUGAGAUUAUUGUUGAAGUGUAAAUGGACAUUCUUGAUUAUUUUAAAUUAAAAUUUUCUUGUUUAAAUAAAGCUUAUGUAGCAGGAAUGCAGAAAGCUAGAGGAGAAGCUUCCAGAGACAGUCUCUCAGAUAGAAUGUGAUUGUGUUGGAAUAUUGCUGUGUUGUAGGAAAUGAUGAGCUGGUUGAUUUAGGAAAACAUGGAAAAACUUGGGCCUAUGAAGGAAGAUGUUAUUCUUCAGAGAAAUAGAUAAAAAGUGGAAAUAAGUAUAGUACGGUUACAUAUAUAUGCAUGUUUCUAUAUCUCUAUAUACUCACACGCACUUAAUUGUAGCCUUCUUGGGCGGGGAGGGAUGAUGGAGGUGGAAAAUAAAGUCCAAAGUGCACAGUAGAAAACAAAAGAAAACCUACAAGGAUGCAAAUAAAGCUGAUCAGCAACAA